AUGGGAAUUAAAAUCGUUGUAAAGGUAUCUGCUAUUGUUGUGGCUCCGGUGUUCGGUAUCGCAACAACUAUGCAGUUUUUGGUUAAGUUAUCUUGUAUUGCUGGACAAUCGCCCGAAGACUUUGUACGAUCAACAAUUUGGCAACAUGGACCGGAGUGGCUACAACAAUCUGAAGAAUACUGGCCGACGUGGAACCCAGUACCAGUAUCAUCACAAAUCGAAAUACCGGAGCAGAAGAAGGCGACCUGUCUGUUCGUGACUCCCGCCGACCACAGUCUACUGGAGAGAUUCUCCUCUUGGCCAAAACUGAUUAGAAUCACCGUUCGUUGCCUCCGGUGGAGACAAAAACAGGAUCGCGGUAGACCUUUAACCAUUCAUGAUUUAAUUGGUGCGCACAACAAACUUGUCCAGUUAUUACAGCUCUGCUAUUUUCCAGAUGAGAUCCGUAUUUUCCGAGCUGAUCGACACUCUGCAGUGAAGGGGAAACUACAACGGCUCAAUCCAUUUCUGGACAAGGACGGGAUGUUGCGAGUCGGAGGCCGUCUCACUCACUCAACAAUGUCUUUCACUCAGAAACACCCAAUCAUUCUGCCAAAGUCUUCCGUUACAGCACUUAUAAUCGAGCAUGAGCACCUCCUAAACCUCCACUCCGGAACUCAAGCUACUUUAUAUGCCUUGAGAAAAUCCUAUUGGCCUAUCGACGGCCGUAGUCAAGUUUGGAGCACGCUGAAGAAGUGCGUCCGUUGCUGCAGAGCCAAUCCACCUCCAAUGAAUUAUGUCAUGGGCGAUCUCCUAGCCGCACGAAUAACAGAAUCUCGGCCGUUUACCAACGUCGGAGUCGACUACUGCGGACCCUUUCACAUCAAAGAACGAAAGGACCGCAACCGACGUAAAGUCAAGGUAUAUGUAGCAAUCUUCAUAUGUCUUGCAGUUAAAGCAGUCCACAUCGAGCUGGUCAGCGACCUCACUGGCGAGGCCUUUAUUGCUGCUCUGCGAAGAUUCAUUGCUCGCCGAGGAUUCUGUCUAACGAUAUACUCAGACAACGGUACCAAUUUCGUUGGCGCCAACAACGAACUACGAGAGCUCCGAAACCUCCUGCAGUCCGACGAUCACAAGGUAAAGGUGAACCUUUGA